AAGCAUGGUGUGAUGUGUUGAUCAAUAUCGUAUGAUCGCACCAAAACAAAAUUCGCCCAAUCCCAUUGGGUGUUAAAAGGAAAAAUUGAUACAUCAAUAUUUUAAUUUCACUUAAACUUUGAGCUUUUCUAUAGAAUGUUGAAAGGUUCAUUUCUACGUCGUUAUCAAAAUAUAUCACGAGCAUUAUUUCAAACAAAGUGUAUUAUUACCAUACUCAUCUACUCUAGUCUAAAGUGUUAUCCAGUAGUAAAGUAUUGAUUUUUACAGUAUUAUUUUAUACUUAAAGUGAAAAAUGGCACUGGAGAGUUUAAAAAAUAUAGUGGUUGGACCUGAAUUAGAAAGAAUAAUAGAUACAUCCCUUGGAGAAUUAUUACUAUUAGUUCUAAAAACUUUUGAAGAUAAUGUGAUUCAGGUAGAUGGAGAAACCGGAGAAGAAUUACCAGCCAAUUUGUUGUUAAAGAGAAGUAUUAGAUUGUCAAAAUGGUUAACAAGCCAAGGCAUUAAAGUAGGUGAUAACAUUUCAAUAAAUAGUGAAAAUCGAUUAGAAUUUUGUAUAGUUCCAGUUGGCACUCUAUUAUCUGGAGCCACAUUUGCUCCUCUUAAUCCAGAUUAUACUCCACUUGAACUUAAACAUGUACUUAGUCUCUCGAAACCAAAAUUCAUAUUCUGCUCCAAUAAAACUAUUGACAAAAUGGUAUCUGUGUUGCCCGAGCAUCCAUACAUUCAAAAAUUAAUAUUAUUUGGCAAUGAAGCGUGUAAAUACCAAAAUGUUACAAGAUAUGCCGAUAUUGUAAGAGGAGUAGAGUCCGAAGAAUUAGAUGACGAUUUUCACAGUGUUCCCUUAGAUCCAGUAGAUAGUGUGGCAACUAUUUUGUGUUCUUCUGGUACAACUGGUUUACCUAAAGGUGUCAUGUGUACACAUGACAAUAUGACGGCUUAUGUAGAUAUAUCUCGUGCAAUUAUGGGUGAUAUGGUUGAAAAUGAUGAUCCAAGUGAUGCCAUGAUGGGUCUUAUUCCAUUUUUCCAUUCGUUUGGAUUUAUGCUAAUGUUUCUGAACCUGUUACGGGGUAAAUGCAUGGUGGUUUUAGGCAGAUUUAAGCCAAAGAUAUUCCUAGAGUCUGUAGUUAAAUAUAAAGUAGCUAGGAUGAUUGUACCACCACCUGUGCUACUAUUUUUAUUAAAAAGUCCUAUGACUCAAAAUUAUGACCUAUCUUGCAUAAAAGAAAUGCGUAGCGGAGCUGCUCCUAUGGGUAAAGAUAUGGAAAAAGAAUUAAAAGAAAGAUUUAAUGUUAAACAUGUUUCUCAAGCGUAUGGAAUGACAGAAACAACCUUAGGAGUGCUUGUUUCUCCACAUGGAAAAGGCAAGAUUGGAUCAUGUGGGAAAAUAGUACCAGGAAUGAUGGCUAAAGUAAUAGACGACAAUGGUGUCCCUCUACCUGCUUAUGGAGAAGGUGAAGUGUGCUUUAAAGGUCCUUUGAUAAUGAAAGGGUAUAUAGGAGAUCCAAAAUCUACUCAUAGCACCAUAGAUAAAGAUGGGUGGUUGCAUACAGGUGAUGUAGCAUAUUAUGAUAGUGAUGGUUAUUUCUUCAUAGUUGAUAGGAUAAAAGAACUUAUUAAAUAUAAAGCCUUCCAAGUUGCUCCUGCAGAAUUAGAGGCUUUAUUGUUAACAAAUUCUGCUAUUCAGGAUGCUGCAGUUAUUGGUUUACCAAAUGAAGAAGCUGGUGAGUUACCUAUGGCUUUUAUUGUGAAGAAGGUAGGUAAAGACAUAACAGAACGGGAAGUUGAAAAGUUCAUAGAGGAUAAUGUGUCACCUCAAAAGAGGUUACGGGGAGGGGUUAUCUUCUUAAAUGAAAUUCCAAGAAAUCCAUCAGGAAAAAUUCUUAGAAGAGUUUUGAGAGAGCGAGCUGUGAAAUAUACAUCAAAACUGUAAAUGUUUUCAUUACGUAGUAUGUAGAUUUUAUAUACCAAAUAUGUGAUGAAUAAUAAAUGUUUUUAAAGUUUGUGUCA